GGGCACAGAAGUUCUUUUUUAAAUGUAGGAAAGGUGUUUGAUAUGAUGGAUCUGAGUUGCUUUUCAUGUGAACUGUUGAACUAAGAUGGAUUACAAGUAGGCAAAAAUGUUCUGCUCCAUUUAGUAGAUUCUUCUGUUCUUUGUUGUUAGGUACACACACUGUAAAUCCAUUCCUUCUAAAUUCAUUAAAAUGUAAAUCUUUCUGAAAUGGAUAAUAGUUUUAUGCCAUGGACCUAUUAGAGAAGGUCUCGAGUGUCCAUUUGUGCCUUUCUGCCUUGGUUAUGCAAAUAUAGUUAUACACAUUGGCCUCUCAAGUCUCUUCAAAUUUGUGUGCAAGUUCGAUUCACUUCUACUCCUUAUUCAUCAUCAAGAGUGAACCAACCAAAAAAGAAAAAAAAAAGGAAAAGCUCUACCUUUGCUUGGUUAGUUUGGGUAUUAUACAUGGAGGAAACAUUCGUACCCUUGCGGGGAAUUAAAAAUGAUCUUAAAGGAAGACUUUUAUGCUACAAACAAGACUGGAGUGGUGGAUUACGGGCCGGUAUCAGGUUCUUAUCCUUCAUCAUGCUCUUCAAUUAUGGGUCUUUAACAGCCGUCCAAACACUUGCAUCAACCGCGCUAUGUGGCGUUAUCCACUCUGUCAUAGGUGGGCAGCCAUUACUCAUACUCGGUGUGGCCGAGCCAACUGUCUUAAUGUACACUUUCAUGUUCAAUUUUGCUAAAGAAAGGAAAGAUUUGGGCCAGAAGCUCUUCUUAGCUUGGACAGGAUGGGUGUGUGUUUGGACAGCCCUUUUGCUUUUCUUGCUUGCUAUCUUGGGCGCGUGUUCUAUCAUUAACCGGUUCACUCGUCUUGCUGGUGAAUUAUUCGGGCUUUUGAUUGCAAUGCUUUUUAUGCAGCAGGCUAUUCGUGGGGUUGUGGAGGAAUUUGGUAUUCCUAAGAGAGGAAAUACAAAAGAUGCGGCAUUUUCGCCUUCGUGGCGUUUUGGAAAUGGGAUGUUUGCAUUAGUACUAUCCUUUGGCCUUUUACUUACUGCAUUAAGGAGUCGAAAAGCUAGGUCUUGGCGUUAUGGAGCAGGAUGGCUUCGAGGAUUUGUAGCGGAUUAUGGUGUGCCUCUUAUGGUGCUCGUGUGGACUGCGAUUUCUUAUAUACCGGUUAAUGAUGUCCCACGUGGAAUUCCGAGACGGCUUUUUAGCCCAAAUCCAUGGUCUGCUGGUGCAUAUUCGAAUUGGACAGUCAUUAAGGAUAUGGUGAAUGUGCCUCCACUUUAUAUUGUUGGGGCAUUUAUUCCGGCCACUAUGAUUGCCGUGCUUUACUAUUUCGAUCACAGUGUUGCAUCUCAACUGGCCCAGCAACAGGAGUUCAAUCUGAAAAAGCCCGCGUCUUAUCAUUAUGACCUUCUUCUCUUAGGCUUUCUGGUCAUAAUAUGUGGUCUUAUUGGCAUACCUCCUUCCAAUGGAGUUAUUCCUCAAUCCCCAAUGCACACAAAAAGUUUGGCAACUUUAAAGCAUCAGCUUUUGAGGAAUAAGCUUGUAUCAACUGCUCGAGCUAGCAUUCGGAAAAACGCCAGUUUAUCUCAGUUGUAUAGAAGCAUGCAAAACGCAUAUUCCGAAAUGCAGACUCCUCUCGUUUAUCAAGCUCCAUCUUCUCUGAGACUAAAGGAGCUGAAAGACUCGACAAUCCAACGAGCUGCCAGUUGCGGUUACAUGGAUGCACCAGUUGACGAGGCCAUUUUUGACGUGGAAAAAGACGUUGAUGACCUUUUACCGGUGGAAGUUAAGGAGCAAAGGCUCAGUAAUCUACUUCAGGCCAUUAUGGUUGGAAGUUGUGUUGCGGCUAUGCCUCUCUUGAAAAAAAUUCCAACUUCAGUACUGUGGGGCUAUUUUGCUUUCAUGGCAAUCGAAAGCUUGCCUGGAAAUCAGGUUCUAGAAGAGUACCAUGCAACAUUCGUGGAGACGGUUCCUUUCAAAACGAUUGCUUUCUUCACGUUGUUUCAGACAUUUUACUUGCUUUUGUGCUUCGGUAUAACAUGGAUUCCAAUAGCCGGUGUUCUUUUCCCUUUGCUGAUUAUGCUGCUUGUACCCGUUCGACAAUAUCUACUUCCCAAGUUCUUCAAAGGAGCUCAUUUGCAAGACUUGGAUGCUGCCGAGUAUGAAGAGGCCCCUGCCAUAACUUUAAAUUUUUUUAUACAGGAUCAAGUCAAUCAGCCACAAGUGACGAACAUUGAUAGUGGCGAACUAUUAGACGAGAUUAUCACGAGGAGUCGCGGUGAAAUUCGACACGCGCGCAGCCCGAAAGUGACGAGCUCCAACCAAUCCCCACUCGAUGAAAUGAAGCCCGUUUUCAGCCCGAGAAUCUCUCGCGUGGCCCGAAGCCCACGUUUGGACGAGAUAAGAAAGGAGCUAAGCCCGAGAUCGAGCAGCAAAGGGCCUGAAAUAAAGCAAACUCCGAGUCCUCGUUUAUCGAUUCUCGGCGAAACGAGCCGUGGCUCGUCGUCAUAA